AAAUUUUUUACGAUAUGUCAUAUUACUUUGUUACUUUUUUAUAUAAAACAAUUUGUCUCAAAAAUUUUAAUUAUUAUUAGUGACUUACGCAAAUUUUAAGUAUCUGAACCGAUAAAGAGCUACUCGCACAUUCAAUCUAUCGAUAGUAAUAUUAUAAAUUGUGCAACAGAACAUCUAGGGAAAGAAAUUUGAGAACUGGAUUGUGAUUGAAUAGAAAUUUUUGUGUUAUAAAAGUGUAGUUACGAAGAGGGAGUGGACUCAUUUAAAUGCCUGUAUUUUUUUUGGUAAAUAAAUUGAGGAUUUCCUUCGGCCACUGUUGAUUUUAUUUGGUGUUUUGAGAUAACGUUUGUUUGAUUGAUUUGGCUUUGUCGUGUUAAUUGUAACGAACCAGACUGCUGUAUACCGUGUGUGCUAUUGUAAUUACUGAUGCGUUAUUACCUCGCCACAGAAGCUUUGUUUUAAAUAGCUUAUCCAACAUUUUGUACACACUAUCAACUGAUUUACGAAAGUACCCAUAAGUAACUGCAUCAUUGUGUGAUCACUUUGUUUAUUCAUCGUUAGUUUGCGCAUACAUUGGACGAAUCAAAAUGAAACGCCAAAAGGACGAUAUGCAGGUGAACGUUGCUGGAUUUCGACGUAACAUCAAAAAUCUAGCCCACAACUAUUCAGAUGCUCAGAUAAAAGUCCGCGAAGCAACAUCGAAUGAUCCAUGGGGUCCGUCAGCAACCAUAAUGGCAGAGAUUGCCGAUCUCACAUACAACGUAGUGGCAUUCUCAGAAAUUAUGCAAAUGAUAUGGAAACGUUUGAACGAUCAUGGAAAGAAUUGGCGACACGUCUACAAAGCAUUGAUACUACUUGAAUAUCUAAUCAAAACUGGAACUGAAAAAGUGGCCCAGCAAUGCAAGGAGAAUAUCUUUGCUAUUCAAACGUUAAAAGAAUUUCAGCAUUUAGAGGAAGGAAACGAUCAAGGACUUCGCGUGCGAGACAAGGCAAAACAAUUGGUCGGUUUGCUGAAAGACGAUGAACGCUUGAAAAACGAACGAACAAAAGCACUGAAAGCAAAAGAAAGAUUCGCUCAAAAUGCUAGUGGCUUCGGCAGUGAUGGAUCAAUCGAUGGCCCCACACACCGUGACAGUCCGUCAUGGCGAUCCGAUGGAGCGGAGGCGCCACCAAGAACUGCAUCUGAAAUAGAAUAUGUGCGACCGCAAACAGUUGGCGAAGAAGAAUUGCAAUUGCAAUUGGCCAUGGCAAUGUCGCGUGAGGAAGCGGAACAGGAGGAAGCGAAAAGACGCAGUGACGAUGUACGGUUGCAAUUGGCGUUGAGCCAAAGUGAGCAGGACUUCAAGAAAGGCACUGAGCCGGAACGACCGAAACCACAACAGAGUCAUCUGAUGGAUUUGCUUGAUAUAUCGCUAGGUGCAACAACAAUCAGCUCACCACCCAAUGAUCCGUGGGGAAUGUCAUCGAAUAGUCGGCCUCAAACCUUGAACAUUAAAGUCGAAACGUAUGACGAUGACACGCCGAAUGUCGAUCCUUGGUCACACACGGCUUCGCCACCUCUCGAUCCAUGGGCAGACACAACACCGAAAUCAUCAUCCAUUUCCAAUGUUGAGGGUUGGCUGUCGCGCAAUCAAUCUACUCCUUCGUCGAACGAUGCAUGGCUGCAAAAUGGAGCGUCGGCAGCAACAGCAACGAAUGGCAAUAUGAAUGCAUUACCAGUGGAUCCAUGGUUGUCGAAACCACAACCAGCCGUCGUUGAUCCUUGGCUCAGUAAAUCACAACCGUUGGGUGACCCAUGGCAGCUGAAUUCGAAUACGAGUAGCAUGGAGCAGAAAUCAGCUGAUCCUUGGGCAGCACCGACAAUUGGGUCGAGACCAUCACCAAUCGGUGCCCAGACGUCUCCAAAUUCGGAUCUUGAUGAAUUUGACAUUAUAACAAAUCGAUCGAAGUCAACGCCAUUGAAUGGUUCCAAUAAUAACAAUUCCUCACUGCUAGACGACCUCGAUCCACUGUCAACGAAAAAACCGCAGGCAAAAACACCUCAAUCAUUCUUAGGCGAAAAUUCGUCUCUAGUUAAUUUGGACAAUUUAAUUAAGCCAGCAGUGCCGAGUUUAGGUCAGCAACCGCAAGCCGCAUACAAUCCGUUUGGUGAUAUGCCGCAACAAAGAACGAAUUUAUUUCAACAGCAAACACAACCGGUUCCGUCCAUUAAUCAGCUGAAACAAUCACCAUUUCCAUCAACAUUGAAUCAAGAUCCCUGGGCUCCAGUCUCCAGUAGUAAUGCGGCAAAUCAAUACGAUGAUAAGAUGUUGUUCAUGAAUUACGAAUCGUUUAUUUCAAAAAAUAAUGACAACAACAACUGCAACAGCAACGAAAGCAAUCUUAACAAUACAAACUGUCGUAUUGAUUUUGAUCAGUUUAGCGAUUAUCAAAACUUUCAAAAUUGCAUUAAUAUGAACAACAACAGCAGCAACAACAAUAACAUUGCACCGUGGCUGAAACCAGAAGCAGCAGCAUCAAAUCCAUUUUUGUCAUAAAUCGAAAAUUUGAAAUGAUUUUUUUAGUUGACGGUGUUGAGUGAAUCAAAAGAAAAAGUUUUUGAAUUUUUCAGAAUUAGAAAACAAACACAAAAGAACUUGUAUUACACGUUAAAGUAAAACUGAAACAUAAAAACAGAAAAAUUAUUAGAUGUUACAAAUAACAAGCUUUACAAUAUUAUGUAACAAGAACAACAUCAAUAAGAUUUUAUAGCAAGACGAGGCGCAAACAAUAUUAUAAUGUUGGAGACAAAACGGAAAAUAAUAAACCAAUUUUAUGUUGACGCAAUUGGUGCAAACUAAUUGUAAAUUGUUCGAAACAAACACCAAAAAA